AUGGCAGCACCAUCUAAUAUCCCGUCACAGCCUUCGAGGCCUGCGGUAACAACUGUGCCUAGCAAUGCGUCGCUCCGACUGGAGAAGAGUAACCCCGGGGUUCGUCGCUCUACGCCUGACUCAGACGCGCUCGCAUCCUCUGAAGAUGAGAGCGAGCACCAGUCUUCUCAGACCGUACCUUCUGCCUCCAUGUCAAAGCCGGUGCGACGUACCUCAUGGCUGAACGAAGUGCCCUCCGGUUUCCCAAGGAAAGGUUCGUUGACUACUGGAAGUUCCUUGUCUUCAGCAGCUUCAAACCCUGCGACUCCUGCUACCGAUCAAACCUGGGCCCCGACCACAAGUCCCAGCUUGGCAGCUUCAAGUACUUGGGGUCAUGCUGGCGGGAGCACUUUUGCAUGGGGCACUGGAAUUUGGAAUACGGAGUCACGCAAGGAGCCGCCACCGCGUCUGGCAGAGAUGGUCCCAUCCCCGACCAUGUCAAUUCCUCCGAAUACGAGCGGCAGCGUCGCGGAUGAGCUGCUCAGUCCGAUAACCCGCACCAUCUCUGGUGAAUCCUCCAUACCGUUUACCAUCCCUCUUCAUCCGACGCCGAAGACAUACCGCUCUCAGUCUUAUUCUGUUGGCCAGUUGGACCCAGAAUCCAUCGGUCUAGCAGUGAGACCCACUGCGUCCUUCUCUGCCGGCCGCGGUAGAAAUGCUGGACAAUUCUCUGCGCUACAGCACCGGUCCUCUCGACCUAGCCUGCUUGGAGAGUUGGGACAUGAUCCCGCCAUGUUGGGCCGUGUCCGUGAGGACGAUGACGAUGGAGAUAGCGCAAAUGAGUCAGAAAGCGGUUAUAACUACGCCUCGCAUCAUGCCCGUACGAUCGAACAACUCGCGAGAGAGAACGCACUCCUCCGACAAGCAGCAGGCCAGCUAGAUGGAUCACGAUUUAGAGAACGCACGAUGUCCAAUGCAUCUGCUAACAGCGGAUUUUCCAUGGCCAGUGGUGCCCAUAACCUCCAUCGUAUACACGGCAGUGUCCCUGAAGAAUCCGAUCUUGCUGUGGAGGACCUAGAUGAGCUAGGCAACAUCCCGGGCUAUAACAAUAUCCGGAGCAAUACAAGGAGAAGGUUCUCCGAGCAUUCUGCUAACCUGGAAAAGCAGUUCUCUACAUUUACUCCCCUGGAAAAUCGGACACUGGAGAAUGUCAAAAAGGCCCAUUGGCAGACCUCUCUCGGUUUCGGCAGCAUUGCGGAUCUUCCACAAAGCCGACGCCAUUCAUUUGCAGAUAUACCCACGAGACACGCAUCAAUCGGUUCGGCAGGCGAGUCGCACGCCAACCUUUCAGGCAUUGGUUCUCGGUCUGGCCUAGGCGACCGAGACGAUGGAUUCGUGAAUUACACUGAAGGGCCCCUUUCAUCUACCCCAGGAGAGAACCGUGAGUACCAGUAUUUUCGUAUGACCCAUCAUGUUGAAGAGCGUGAAUUAGAACUGGAACAUUUACAAGCCCGAAAAUUUGCAGCAUCCUAUUUUUCUGGUCGGGACCAAGCGCUUCGAGUCGAAACCCUCCCCGCCCAAAUACCCCCGUCGCUCCACCAGGCGUACAAUAUGCCGACCGCAUACGGCCGUCAGCACCCGAACCUAGCACACCCACAUCAGAACCAGCUCCUUUUCAUCGUCACAUUCAAAUGCCACCGUGCCGAUGUCUUUUACAUCCAAGAGGACACAGGUCUCCAAGUCAAGCCGGGAGAUCUUGUGAUUGUCGAAGCAGAUCGUGGUACAGAUCUCGGAACCAUCCAGCAUGCCAACGUAUCCUUGCAGAAAGCUCGCGAGCUCAAGGAACAAUAUGCUGAAGAGCACUACAAAUGGUUAAUGAUGUUUUCUAGACGAGCACAGGACGGGGCUUCGAAUGUUGUCAACCCAAAUGGGGCACUGCCAGGAGUGGGAAAUAGGAGCGCCAUAGGAGGGAUGGGACCUCCAGGCUCUCACGGCGCGCAAGAAUCUCAAGUCACCGAGAUAAAGCCCAAGUUAAUCAAGAGACUUGCACAGAACCAUGAGAUUCUUACCUUACGUGACAAGGAAGGUAAUGAAGCGAAAGCUAAGCGGGUCUGUCAGCAGAAGGUCGCUGAGCACAGACUUAACAUGGAGAUCCUGGAUGCCGAAUUUCAGAUGGACUGGAAGAAACUCACCUUCUACUAUUUCGCGGAUUCUUAUAUUAACUUCAACUCCCUGGUUACCGAUCUGUUCAAGAUCUACAAAACAAGAAUCUGGAUGUCCGCUAUUAACCCGGCUUCCUUUGUAACUCCCCCCACUACCGGCCUGCAACCUCCUACCGGAGUGGGAAGUCCGCUAGGUUACGGUCAAGAUGGCCCCCAUGAUCGUCGUCAUCAUCAUGACCACAGAUCAUACGCUCUUGCCCCGGCUUCAUCGGGUAAUAUCAGAGACCCACUGGAGUCGAGCCGAGAUGCUAUCGCUAGCCCAAUGGGUGGACCGCGUAACGCUUAUAUUGAUGCUUAUCCACCAUUUGGUCAAAGUCCUCGUCAGCCUGAGAUAGGCUUUGACGCAGUUGCGCAAGCUUCAAACGACCCUUUCACAUCAUCGUACCUACCAAACACCUUUGGUAAUGCGGGUCUGGUGGACUACGCAUCCGCGAACAAUGUUGCCCCAAACGCUGCGCAACGAGCUCAUGCUCAAAGCGAGUGGGUGAACAGAUUCCAGGGCUUGUCACUCGGGUCCUAA